AUGGCUACCAGUAAAGGAGGAAAACAGAGAAUUUCAGGCAGAAAAGGUGGCUGCGAGCAAGAUGAAGAAGAGCCCCAGCUGCAGGCCGUUUUGGUCGCUGACAGUUUCAACCGCAAGUUUUUCCCUGUGACAAAAGAUCAGCCACGGGCUUUGUUGCCACUAUGUAAUGUUGCUAUUAUCGACUACACUUUGGAGUUCCUCACUUCUACGGGAGUCCAGGAAACGUUUGUGUUUUGCUGUUGGAUGGCUGGACAAAUUAAAGAACACUUACAGAAGUCUAAAUGGUGUCGACCGACCUCUCCGAAUACAGUGCACAUCAUUACCUCAGACCUGUACAGAUCCCUAGGAGACGUGCUCAGGGACGUGGAUGCAAAGUCUCUUGUACGAUCAGAUUUCUUGUUGGUGUAUGGAGAUGUGGUGUCCAAUAUUGACAUCAGCCAGGCGCUGCUGGAGCACAGGCAGCGCCGAAAGAUUGAUAAGAACAUCUCCGUGAUGACAAUGCUCUUUAAGGAAUCGUCGCCGGGUCACAAGUCUCGCUGUGAGGAAGACGAUGUGAUCGUUGCUAUGGACAGCAAGAGUCAGAGAGUUUUACACUACCAGAAGACACAGACCUUAAAGAAGCUUCAUUUUCCCAUGAACAUUUUCCACAGUGGAAGCGAAGAGUUUGAAAUCAGACACGAUCUCCUUGACUGCCACAUCAGUAUCUGCUCACCACAGGUUGCCGAGCUCUUCACAGAUAAUUUUGAUUAUCAAACAAGGAAUGACUUUGUGAGGGGGAUUUUGGUCAAUGAAGAGAUCCUGGGAAAUCAGAUACACAUGCAUGUCAGCCGAGAUGGUUAUGGUGCUCGAGUCUCCAACUUGCUCAUGUACGAUUCGGUUUCGUCUGAUUUGGUGAGGCGUUGGGUCUACCCUCUCACACCCGAGACUAAUUUUACGGACCAGAAAGAAUGGAGCUACACUUACUCCCGCCACAAUGUCUACCGUGGGUCAGGGGUCAGCCUUGGCCACCGCAGCCAGAUGGAGGAGAAUGUACUCAUUGGCUGUGACACCAGCAUUGGGACCAACUGUUACAUCUCCAACACUGUCAUCGGUAACAACUGCUACAUAGGUGACAAUGUAACUCUGGACCAUGCCUACAUCUGGAACAAUGUUCAAAUUGGGUGUAAUGUGGUGAUUAGUCAUUCUGUAGUCUGUGACAAGGCUGAAGUCAAAGAAGGCGUCAUUCUUAAUAAACAGUGCGUCCUGGCGUACAAUGUGGUGAUUGGGCCACACAUCUCUGUGCCUGAGGGCACUGUGGUCUCUAUGCAUUAUCCAGCAGAAGAGGAUGAAGAUGACGACGAAUUUCUUAGUGAUGACACAACAGUGGGACAGAGCAAAGACAAAAUCAAACAGAAAGCGUUUGACCCUGCUGUAGUUGGAGCAGAGGGACAGGGAUACAUCUGGAAAGCCAGCAGCCUGGACGACACCGAUGAUGAAGAGUUGUCACAUUGCCUCUGGGGCUUGACCUUAAACCACUGUAUAGACAGCGAAAGUGAGGACAGCGAACCCGAUGGUCCUGAUGAUCCAGUGAUUCCCUCCCCUGAAUUGGAUGACGCUAAAGUGUUCCAAAGAGAGGUGCUGGGUACACUACAAAGAGGCUUGGAUGAGAAUAUCAGCUGUGACCACCUUGUGCUUGAAAUCAACUCACUCAAAUAUGCCUACAACAUAACUCUGCAGGAAGUGAUGCAAAUAUUGACUGGAGUGUUGUUGGAUCUCCCGUUUCAGCAUCAUAGCUCACAACUCACCGCCUCGCAAUAUGUUGCUGUUCUUCUGCCGUUAUUAGAGAAAUGGGCACCUGUGUUUAAGAAUUACGUGAAGAGAUCACAGGACCAGCUUGACUGCCUAUCCGCUUUUGAGGAACACUUCCUGGAGCAUGAUAGUCACUGGGCUGCCAUGUGCAAGAUUCUUAUGACUAUGUACCAACUGGAGAUCCUGGAGGAAGAGAUGAUCCUACGCUGGUUCACUCAUAAUGUCACAUCUGACGAGAGUAAAAAGCUACGCAAAAACCAAGGGCUCCAGAAGUUCAUCCAGUGGCUGAGGGAGGCUGAAGAAUCAUCAGACGAGAACGGGGAAUAA